AUGUCUGCACCACCGCGAAGGCCACGGCCUGCCACCUCACCCACCCGCGAAAAGUCCCAUUCUCCGUACAAAGACUCACCCUUUCGACGGUUACGAGACAUCGAAACCGGAUCAAAUGUUCAACGCAGUUCGCCAUACUCUGUUCAGCGUGGUGGAACCGAUCCCUAUCCUGCCUCACCCCACUCCUCCGGGACUGCAGACGAUCAGCCGAUAAUACCCCAACAUAUGAAUCCCAAACGUAUGAAUCCAAGUGACCUCGGUCGCCAAAAAUCUCUGAUCCGUCCCGAACGCAAUCGAAUAGACCGAGACCAUCCCAACUACUACUACCGCAAACAUGCCCAGAACAUGGAGGUUUUGCCUUCAACCACAGGGAACGACCCUGUGGUGGAAGAGCUGGCGGAGGAGAGAACGGUGAGCUCUGAAAGCACCAAUCUCAACGCGCAACCCGACGACCAUUUUGGCGCCCAACGACGCGCCCCCGGAAAGCUUGAACCGGUUGGUCAGAAGAGACAACCUCGAAAGUUGGUCAGGAAAGACACCCGCGACAUAACAGCGGAGGAGAAGAGGCGGCUGAAAGACAUGGAAAAACUCAAACCGCCCAGCGCUUGGAAUGUGUACUGCGCGGUCAUCACUUUCUGGGCUCCUAACUUCAUGCUCCAGUGCUGUGGCAUGCCAGGGAGGGCCCAGAAAAGAGCCUGGAGAGAAAAAGUCGGUCUCAUCAGUAUCAUCUUUCUCAUUGCCGCCUUCGUCGGUUUUCUGACUUUCGGCUUCACACGGGCGGUGUGCCCAGCUCCCGGGCUGAGGCUGAAGAUCAAUCACGUCGAUCGUGGCUACAUGAUAUUCCACGGAGACGCUUACAAUCUCGACGGCUCCAUGCAUCCAGCUGCUUUGGGGAUUCCACUCGACAGUAAUGUCCUCUACGAUCUCCCCCAUAAGUACGGUGGCCAAGAUGGAAGUUUCAUGUUUCAGAAAGUGAACGGAGAAUGCAAAGGUCUAAUCACCCUGGCCCCUGGGUCCGACGUGCCUACGGACGCUGAUGGAGACCUGGCUUGGUACUUCCCCUGCAACGCCUUCAAUCAGGACGGAUCGUCACCACCGAACCUUACCAACCCUUAUUAUCUGGGCUACGCUUGCCAUACUACCGCCAAAUCUAGAAACACGUUCUACAACCUGAGAAAAGCGGGAGAGGUCUUUUUCACUUGGGACGACGUCAAAAAUACCAGUCGGAAUUUGGUGGUGUACUCUGGCUCUGUUGUUGAUCUUGACUUGCUGAGGUGGUUCAACAAAAGCCAAGUCGCCUGGCCAAAACAGUUCGAUGAUAUGCGAGAAAGCAACGAGAUCCGCGGAACGGAUAUCACCCACGUGUUGCAAUCUCCCGUGGACAAAAAGAUUGGCAGGUGUUUGACCCAGAUUGCGAAAGUGGGCUCAGUUGAUACCGAGACGGUUGGAUGUAUUGCGUCAAAGGUCGUCCUUUAUGUCUCUUUGGUGUUUAUUCUCGCCGUUGUGCUGGUGAAAUUCUUCCUCGCCCUAGCCUUCCAAUGGUUCUUAGCUGGAAAGUUUGCAGCCACCAAGACCUCGCAGACAUCUGAUCCGAAGAAAAGAGCCAAGCAAAUCGAAGACUGGGCCGAUGAUAUCUACAGGCCGGCACCCAAAAUUACUGAUCCUGCAAGUACAAUAUCUGGCUCCGAUGCGCGAGCCAGUAAGCGUGGAAGUCAGUUGUUCCCUCAGACAUCACGCUUCACCAGUCCAUAUGCUGUCGAGCGUAUCUCCAAGACGAAUCGUCCGCCACCGACCACAAUGACCAGUCAGUCUUCAAACGCGCGGCUGAUGCAGCCAGGAAGCGGCCUUUACAAGACCGGCUUCAACAGUAGUCAAAACACUUUGGACGUCAAUUCUCGGAUGAGCGUUGGUGCUAGCAGAUCCAGCCUUCUCCUGUCUGGUCAGGAAACCCGGUAUUCGGUUGUGAUGGACACGCUCGAACCAGGGGGGCCCCUGGGCUUCAUUCACGAGAAUGUUGUUCCUCAACCACCUCCGGAGUGGCAGCCAUUCGGCUAUCCCCUCGCUCACUGCAUUUGCCUGGUCACUGCAUAUUCGGAAGAUGCAGACGGGGUCCGAACGACGUUGGAUUCUAUUGCAACGACCGACUACCCGAACAGCCACAAAGCCAUACUGGUGAUAUGUGACGGUUUGAUCAAGGGUCAAGGCAACGACUUGUCGACUCCGGAAAUUGUCCUCAGCAUGAUGGGUGACUUCGUCGUUCUCCCGGAAGAUGUGCAGGCAUUCUCUUACGUCGCCGUCUCCAGCGGCUCGAAACGACACAACAUGGCCAAAGUCUAUGCCGGAUUCUACGAUUAUGGUCCUCACUCGAAAAUCGAUCCAACCAAGCAGCAACGAGUGCCUAUGUUAGUCGUCGUCAAAUGUGGAACACCUGAUGAAGCCGGCAAGGCCAAACCGGGUAACCGAGGCAAGCGCGACAGCCAAAUCAUCUUGAUGUCCUUCCUCCAAAAGGUCAUGUUCGAUGAACGCAUGACUGAACUUGAAUACGAAAUGUUCAAUGGUCUCUGGAAAGUCACGGGCAUGUCCCCCGACUUUUACGAAAUGGUGCUCAUGGUCGACGCCGAUACCAAGGUAUAUCCGGACAGCCUGACGCACAUGGUCUCGGCCAUGGUCAAGGAUCCCGAAAUUAUGGGUCUCUGCGGCGAAACCAAGAUCGCGAACAAGACCCAAUCGUGGGUCUCUCGGAUCCAGGUCUUUGAAUAUUUCAUCUCGCAUCAUCUGUCCAAAUCCUUUGAAUCUGUCUUCGGCGGCGUCACUUGCUUGCCAGGGUGUUUUUGCAUGUACAGGAUCAAAUCGCCCAAGGGUGGACAGAAUUAUUGGGUCCCGAUCCUUGCCAAUCCGGACAUCGUGGAGCACUAUUCGGAAAACGUGGUUGACACGUUGCACAAAAAGAACCUCCUCCUGCUCGGCGAGGACAGAUAUCUCUCGACACUUAUGCUCAAAACAUUUCCCAAGCGCAAACAAGUUUUCGUCCCCCAGGCGGUCUGCAAAACCACAGUGCCAGACAAAUUCAAAGUGCUUUUAUCUCAACGGCGCCGUUGGAUCAAUUCCACGGUCCACAACCUGAUGGAACUCGUCCUUGUGCGCGACCUCUGCGGUACAUUUUGCUUCAGCAUGCAAUUUGUUGUCUUCAUCGAACUCAUAGGAACCCUCGUAUUACCAGCGGCCAUCGCAUUCACCUUUUAUUUGAUCAUCAUCUCGAUCGUGGCCAAACCCGUCCCGGUCAUCCCCCUCAUUCUUUUGGGUCUCAUUUUGGGUCUCCCCGCGGUGCUGAUUGUGUUGACGGCGCAUAGCUGGUCCUAUGUCGCAUGGAUGGGCAUCUACCUGCUGUCCCUUCCCAUCUGGAAUUUCGUCCUACCGGCCUACGCGUACUGGAAAUUUGACGACUUCAGCUGGGGCGACACGAGGAAGACGGCAGGAGAGACGAAGAAAUCCGGCGGCCACGGGGAGGCCGAAGGCGAGUUUGAUAGUUCAAAGAUUCUGAUGAAGAGGUGGGGAGAUUUUGAACGAGAACGUCGAGCACAAGCUAGCGGCACGGGGUGGGCGCAGCAUUCUCUCGGCCCAACGUCUGCAAAGGCGGCAACAGUCACGAGCGAUUAUGCCUCGAGCCACGGAGAGUUUGAGCCGUAUCAUGACUACUGA